GGAAAGGAACAAUAAAAGUAUAAAUUUUCAAUGGAAUAAUUCAUUGAGUGUGUAACCGUCACGUAGACAAGUUCGGUAACGCGUUCUUCUGAUUUCGAUCUUUUGCUGUAUAUUGUUUGAGAGAAUGUCCUCUAAGCAGAUUUUGAACAGGGCUGCUUUGCUGGCGGGCUUGUUGCUGCUGAUUCUAGGAGUGGAAGGGGAUCUUCAGAUAGUUACUCGUGCCGAAUGGAAAGCAAAGCCAGCAGCUGAGCAGAUGACAACCCUCGAAUUGCCAGCGCAGCGAGUAAUAAUUGCUCAUACGGCUGGCAAAGAGUGCAAAACCAAAACUAUUUGCAUCGAAGAAAUGCGCAGCAUACAGAAUUUCCAUAUGACAAGAGCUCACUUCGAUGACAUCGCCUACAAUUACUUAAUCGGCAACGAUGGAAACGUCUACGAGGGUCGUGGUUGGAAGUAUCAAGGCGCUAUUGCCAAGGGUGUGAAUGCGGGUUCAAUCAACAUAGCUUUUAUUGGUGUUUUCAAUAACCAACUGCCCAGCCAAGAUGCCUUGGAUGCUGCAAAAUUGCUGUUAGACAAACUGAAGGCAGAUCAGAAACUGAAGGAGGAUUACAAGAUCUUUGGCCACCGGCAACUAUCGCCGACCGUGAGUCCGGGAGAUGCACUCUACGCGGAAAUACAAGCCUGGCCAAAAUGGUCGAAUGACUUAUAGGCCCAAUAAUUUAAACACUCUUGUAAUUUAUUGAUUUAACGUAUUUGUACAUAUUCUUAGGUAUAUUCACAAUAGGCACAAUA